AUGGCUCUUGCUUAUUUGGCUUGGGAACAGAUUUUUUUGGAAGAAAGAGUUCUUAUAGUUGGAAGACGUUUAGAAAGAAGAAUACUUAGGGAUGGUCAAAACCCUUUUGAAUUACCGAAUGAUGAAUUCAUGGGUGCAUUUCGUUUGAGCCAACAAUUGGUUAUAAAUAUAAUUGAUGCAUUGAGGACACAAGAGUACUCACCUAAAAAAAUACAUGUAAUGUAG